ACUCCGCCGGGGGCUGCCAUCGUUAUUGCGGCAUCCUUCCGCGGCUCCGGAGGCAGAGCCACGUUUUCUCUUCCUGUCUGGGAAAAAGACCAUAGCUGAAAAGGAAGGCGGAGGGAGGAGAAGUCGGAAAGGGCUGAUGAACGGAGCGUUCUGAGGAGACUGCGACGCCGCGGCAGUCCCCGCCUCUGAGCUGAGCUCACUACCGCCUCGGUAGCUGUCAUGGCCGCAGGGCCACGUGACUCCGGCUUGGCGCCGGCCUGGUUUCCCGUCACUCUGGUUCUGUAGUCUCGGUUCUCCGACUCUGUCUUUUUCUCGCUUGUGGACUCGGAUAUUGCCUUUCUUCCCUUAGAAGAACUGCUGUACCGACUCUGAGAAACUUGAAAACAUCUGGAGAAAAUGACCCACUGGUUUCAUAGGAACCCAUUAAAAGCCACAGCUCCUGUGUCUUUUAAUUACUAUGGUGUAGUCACUGGCCCUUCUGCUUCAAAAAUAUGCAAUGACUUGAGAUCAUCCAGGGCACGACUCCUUGAACUGUUCACUGAUUUGAGCUGUAAUCCAGAAAUGAUGAAGAAUGCAGCAGAUUCAUAUUUUUCACUUUUACAAGGUUUUAUAAAUUCUUUGGAUGACUCUACCCAAGAAAGCAAGUUACGAUAUAUUCAAAAUUUCAAGUGGACCGAUACAUUACAAGGACAGGUUCCAAGUGCCCAGCAGGAUGCUGUUUUUGAAUUAAUUUCCAUGGGAUUUAAUGUAGCUUUAUGGUAUACCAAGUAUGCUUCAAGACUGGCUGGAAAAGAAAACAUAACAGAAGAUGAAGCAAAAGAAGUUCAUCGAAGCCUAAAGAUUGCAGCUGGAAUUUUUAAACAUUUAAAGGAAAGUCAUAUCCCAAAACUCAUUACACCUGCAGAAAAAGGAAGAGAUUUAGAGUCACGACUCAUAGAAGCAUAUGUUAUUCAAUGUCAGGCUGAAGCUCAAGAAGUAACAAUUGCUCGAGCAAUUGAACUAAAACAUGCUCCUGGACUAAUUGCUGCACUGGCGUAUGAAACAGCCAAUUUCUAUCAAAAAGCUGAUCAUACUUUAUCCAGUUUGGAGCCUGCAUUUUCUGCUAAAUGGAGAAAAUAUCUUCACUUGAAGAUGUGUUUCUACACAGCUUAUGCUUACUGUUAUCAUGGUCAGACUUUAUUGGCUAGUGAUAAAUGCGGUGAAGCAAUCAGGUCUCUUCAAGAAGCAGAAAAAUUAUAUGCAAAGGCAGAAGCACUGUGUAAAGAAUAUGGAGAAACCAAAGGACCUGGACCAACAGUCAAACCUUCAGGACAUCUGUUCUUUAGGAAGCUUGGAAACCUUGUGAAGAACACCCUAGAAAAAUGUCAGAGGGAAAAUGGAUUUAUUUACUUUCAAAAAAUUCCAACAGAAGCCCCACAGCUGGAACUCAAAGCAAAUUAUGGUCUCGUAGAGCCUGUACCUUUCGAAUUUCCUCCUACAAGUGCUCAGUGGACACCAGAAACAUUGGCUGCAUUUGAUCUCACCAAAAGACCCAAGGAUGACAGUACUAAACCCAAACCAGAAGAAGAAGUGAAACCCGUGAAAGAACCAGAUAUCAAACCUCAGAAGGACACUGGGUGCUACAUCUCCUAAAAUACAAUUUGCACUUAGAAUUUCUCUAGCCGUAGAUAAGAUAAACCACA